AGCAAAAUGGUUAGAUGUUGCUCGGUGCACCGGUUCUAGCCUUGACCACGGACAGGGGCAGAACCGCGAAUACUGACGGUCAUCAGCCCCAUGUGGCUUUUUUUCCAAGGGAUCCCGGCUCGGAGACGAUCUAUAAAAGCGAUGCGACCGAGAGCUCACUCACACGCAAUCGAAGACAUCGGUUUAAGAUGAUCUACAAAACGCUUAUAUUUAGUUGCGCCAUCUGGAUUGCCAGGGCGGCAACACUUGAAUCGAAAGACGAAGCGUCGACAGCCCAACCCCUGCCCCAAACACAGCCCCUUCUGCCAGAAUCUCCGCCGUUGCCAAACCCCAUUCAAACGGAGCCCGAGGAACCGAAGCCCCAGCCCGUUCCCAAAUUUCAAUCGGACACCAUCGACCGAAAGGAUGUGGACCAGCCCGUAAAUCAGGACUUGGUUCCCGGAGCUAAUCCCGAAGUGAAUCCCGAGAAACCAUCGGACUUGGACACUGCCAACACGUACUGGGGCGGAUAUUACAGGAGACCUUACUACGGUUACGGAGGCGGUUGGAGGCGAGGUUGGGGUGGAUACGGCGGAUACGGAGGAUACGGAGGUUACGGAGGCUGGGGCGGCGGAUGGGGCGGUUACGGAUACGGUAGAGGACUCGGCGGAGGCUGGAGAAGUUGGUACUGGUAAACCGAAGACUUUGAGGACAUCAACAACGAAUUAGAUUAGCAUUUAGUAGGCGAUACCCACGGUGGUGCCAAGCAGGGAAGUGCGAAUUGAGCUGUAGAAAUUUGCGAAGUAUUUCCGGCAUACAAUACGGACUUCUCUGCUCGUAAUGUAAAACUUACUAUGCCAGUAGGGUAUAUUAAUGUUGGAAUUGCACUGUUUUAUUUAUGUAGCGUUAAUUUAAGUCAGGACAAAUUUCUAACCACAAUAAAUAUUUUAAGAUUU